AUGGCGCCAGGAUCGCAGCAUCAUGGCGUAGAGUACGCUAUGAAGUCGGACGCGCUGCCGGAGGGCGCGCAGUUCAUCGCACGGAGCGGCGGCGAGUACUUCUUCUCCAACGACAAAAUCCAGCUCGCGUUCAACGAGCAACUAAAAUGCGUUCGAGAAUUCGAAUUCCAGUACAGGUGCCGCAUGGCAUCCACGUACGACAAGGCGCUCGCCCUGGCGGCCAGGAACCGGCUCUACCUGGUUGACCAGGCGGGGGCCGUGAAGGAGCUGAAGAUGUCCAAGCGCCUGCUACAUGUCCACAUGAUGGGCGAACAGGAGUUGCUGCACGUGCUCAUUUGCCGUACGCGCAAAAUGCUACAGCUGCAGAUCGGCGAGCGCACGCUGUCGCUCGAGGUCUACGUCGGCAAGUGCGACUGCGAGAUCCUCUUCGCGGAUUUCGUCGACGAGGGCGUCUUCUGUCUGACCUACGUCAACGAGGGCAAGGACGUCAAAAUCGCGCUCGUCGCGGUUCGGAAUGGGCACCUGACCCUACUCAGGAACGACCUCUUCCGCCAGGCCAAAACAGGCAAAAUGACGCGCGCCAUCGGGUCGGACAAGCACUUCCUGAUAGGCUGCGACGGCAAAUGGAGCGUGCUGAAGUACUACCGGCUGUAUUGCGCCAUGGUGCUGGUCAGGCACCUCAACAUCGCACUGGGUUCCACCACCACGCUGAGGCUCCUGGGGCAGGAACGCGUCAUGGAGGUUGAAGCCGCCGACCACUCCAUGAAAGUCGUGUACCACAACGUAGUGAAGGGCGAGCGUGUGGAAAAGAAGAUCCCGCUGCAAUCGGACUGCAGCGAGAUCCUGACGGUCGACGGAGUUGGCAAGCGCGUGGCAGUGCUUCUGCGGGCCGGCGAAUCUGGCCUGGUGCUGGUCCAUUUCAAGCCGCCAAUAUCGUCGCGAGUGCCCGUACUCUUUAACAACAAGUUGGAGGUGCAUAGGCCAGAAGAGGAACUAUCGAUGCUCAUUCGCACGGGGAAGGUCGCCAUCAACACCCAACUCGUCGACCACAUCAUGAAGAACAAGCUGGAGUCGUGCGCAAUCGAGUGCCUGAGGUCCAUAUACAUACCCGAAAAGGAGGCUGUGAAGAUCAUCGUCGAGAACACGGAGCUGCUGAAGGUGCUCAUACAGCACACCAAGGGCGACCAGAACGAGAUGAUAGCGGCCAUACGAAAGCAGGUCUCCGAGGAAAAGUGCGCGGAAAUCGUUGAAAAGCUGUUCUACAUGCUCGACAACAUCGACAUGUUCGGCGACCAUCAAAUCCACUGCUACAAGCGCAUCAUCGCAUUCAUGAACAUCCUGCUGGAUGCCAAGCUGUUCCAUAUGCAGAAAGCGGACAAACUCAAGCCGGAGUGGGUCACGAGGCUACAGGAACUCGUGGAACCCUGCUCAGAGGAAAACCACAACCUUCAGAGCCUGCUCAGCUUCACCGCGAGCCUCCUUAAGUCACGCGGCAAGAAGCAGAAGUGCGAAAAGAGUUCGCUCAUAGUCUCGCUUCCCAUCUCAGUGUAG